AGGGCGCUGACCCCGCGCUGCCAGCGGCGGCGGCGGCAUGGAGGAGGAGAGCAUGGAGGAGGAGGGCGGCGGCGAGGCCAUGAUGGACGACCAGAACCACAACAACUGGGGCGCCGGCGGCUACGGGCGGCACCUGCUGGGCCCUGCCACCGCCGCUCCUCUCGGCGACCGUCUCCUGCGCGGCCCCGCGGGGCCCCCGGCCGGACCGCUGCUGCCCGUGGAGCCCGAGGCCAACGGCGUGCUGAGGAGCUGCGACCCGGCGGGCGCUGCGGGCAAGGGGGGGCCGGGAGCCAUCGCCGCCGCCAUCAACAUCAACGCCUCCACCUCCAAGUUCCUAAUGAAUGUUAUAACAAUUGAAGACUAUAAGAGCACAUAUUGGCCAAAGUUGGACAGUGCCAUAGAUCAGCUUUUAACUCAGAGUCCUGGUGACUACAUCCCUAUCUCCUAUGAACAAAUAUACAGUUGUGUGUAUAAGUGUGUAUGCCAGCAGCAUUCGGAACAGAUGUAUAGUGACCUAAUAAAAAAGAUAACUAACCACUUAGAGAGAGUCUCAAAGGAGCUGCAGGCCAGCCCUCCAGAUCUCUAUAUUGAAAGAUUUAACGUAGCUCUUGGACAAUAUAUGGGAGCAUUGCAGAGCAUUGUGCCUCUUUUCAUAUAUAUGAAUAAAUUUUACAUAGAAACCAAGCUUAACAGAGACUUAAAAGAUGACCUUAUAAAGCUGUUUACGGAACAUGUUGCAGAAAAGCACAUUUACAACCUAAUGCAGGUGACCAGUCACGGAAAAGAGCUGGAGAAGAGUUAUCUUACAAUGGCUCAUCAGCUUGUGCAAGCUCCAGGGGGUACAGAUAGUGAAUAUACUGGAUCAGCUUCUAUUCCUAGCCACAACAGACACUGGAGGAGCGCAAGUGAUAUCCGGAGCCUUCUUUGGCAACUGAUGAUACUUGAGCUCUGACAUGAACUAUGCCUCGAAGAAGAACUUUGGACUCUCUUCUUCAUAUAAUGUCAGUUGCUGCUACAAUUGGGAUGACUUUGAAAGACGUAUCUCCUUGGUCUAGUCUCUCAACAAGUUCAUGCUCUACGAUUAUUGUGAGGAACGCACCUUGAAAAGUAAUCCUUUCGAAGUGGGAAUGGGCAGCCAAAAUCAGCAGCUUCCAAAAACAUUAGAAUGGAAGAACCUUUUUUGCACUCUUUUCUUAAUAUUAAGGACGUUCUUAAAACUAGUUAACAUGUCAGUGAAUUAGUUUUUAAACUUCAAGGUAUUUUCUGGAGCUUUUGAUUAAAUAAUAGGAAUAAAUUUUCAUUAUUUUGCAGUAUUUGUUUGUUAGUAUAAAAAUCGUCACCUUUUAAGAGUUGGUCCCAUAUAAAUGUAUCUUCUGUCAGGGAGUCUUAAAUUCCAGGUUUUUUUCUUAUUUUGAACUCUGCUUUCCUAUAUGUUUGUACUCUGUGCCUUCAGCUUGUGCACUUUGCAACUUUAUAGACCAUAUUUUGUUACUGCAAAAUGUGUUCUCGAGGAAAAACUUGAUGUGAACAAACAUGCUGCAAAGUUGCACUUUUCUCUUGCAUCUGUAGGAGGUGAAUUUAAAGAGGAAGGAAGAAAAGUUGAACGUAUUACCAUCACUAAUCAUGACUCAGAAGUUUGUCCCUUUUCAUUUUUUGUAUGUAUUAGUGUUCAGUGCUGGGACCAACUCUUGUAGAACCCCUCUCUAACUCUUCAUUGGCCUCUGGAUUGCAGUUGUUUGAGAUGUGAAUUCCAGACUGAAGGAAAUACCAUGAUGUAUUUUAGGCUGUGUCAUGUGGAAACAUUAGUUGCCACGGCUAAAUUUUUUAGAGUGGAUCAUGGAGAAAUUCUCCACUGUAGUAGGUCUGUAAACUACAUCUCCGUCAGCACAAACCAGAUUUGCACCUGGUCAAUCAGUGAGUACCACCUUUCCAAGAUCACUGUGUGUCUCCUGUGCCAUUUCUCCUGGUGCAGGGAUGUGAUGGGGGUAUGAUGGUGGAUGUAGUCAGAAUCAGGGAGUUCAGAAGUGGUGUAACGCAUACAUGUGUACCUGCUUCCAGUCCUGUGUGGGCUCAGCAGGAUGUCCAGCUGAGCCCAGUUCUAGGAGGUCAGGACCUAUGGUCUGAAUCCUUAUGAUUGUGACGUGAGAUUUUAUCCAUACAUGGCUAAUGUAAUUCCUUUGAGGGGAAAAACAUACUUGAAAGAGCAGUUUGACUUUUUUUUUUUAAUUACUAUGGAUUUAUUUUUAUCACUUUUAGUUAUAAAGGUAAAUGAGUUGGUAAUAUAAAAUCUUUCUGAAAUGAAACAGUUUUUAGUUAUGUCUUGCACAACUCUUAUUCCUGUUUUUAAAAAAAAAACAAGACAGAAACCCCUGUAUGCUUGCAUGUAUUCAUUCUGAAACGCAAGAAGAAGAUUUAAUAAUAAUAUGUGCGGCAGGGAUAAACUUUGUUUUUCUUUAUGCUUUGUAGCCAGACUUCAUGUGAGUUUAAUGUUAUCAGUUUCACAUCAACCAUUUUGGCAGUACCUUUAGUUUGGAGGGGGGAAGAAAGUGGAGAAGGAAAAGGACACUGUGAUUGACACCAUGAUUGACAGUCUGAUUAUACCUAUGUAUGGCUUUGCAUGCAUGCAAAGAAAAUUUAAUUAUGAGGAAGUUUUAAAAUUAAAAAUGAGUGCAUUAGUGUUUUGUUUUCCAGAGAGAGCAAUGCCAGCAGUCAGACCCUGUAGCUAACAGUGGAAAAGCAAACCAACCUGAAGAGGGAUUUUCAAAUGCUUGUAGCAUUUGUUUCAACUUUCUACCAGCCACUUAAGUUGAAGCAACAUUAAACAGAAUCAGGUAUAUUUGUUGCUGGUACGUGGUGGAGAAAUUAAUGAGUGCUAGGAGGGAAUAAAAAAAGAUUCGUCAGCUUCCUGAUUUGUAUAAGUUUUGGCUUUAAACAAAAAUAAAACCUCUAGUAGUGUCCUUAGCUUUAAAAAUCACUCUGCUGAAAUGACAGCACUCAAAUUCAGAGUAGAUGUGUUAACCUAACCUGGUUAAAGUCUGUUUACAACUUCAUUCUCAUUCACAUAGUACGUACAGUAAGUGAGCUCUAUCAUCUUUGUCAUCUGAUUACAACUUUUUCUGUUUUUCAAAUGUUUUUACUGGUUUAGGUUUGUAAAUAACAUAGUGCUUUUGCUUCGUUUGGGGCAAGAGUUUUAACAUUUUGUCACAUCAUGCUUGGGGCACAAACUUGUAGCACAGCAGUUCCUUCAGAACAGAAAGCAUUCCUGUCGGCGUGGUUCACUUCAUACGCACUACAAGCAGUGCUUGGAUGCUUCUCAGUCCUGUGCAGCAUUCUCACUCGGCCAACAUACAGGAGAAAUCUGUUUGUUAAUCACUGUAUUAUGUUGUAAAUUUGGCAUUAAAAAUUGUGUGUUUUGGCAUUAUUAACAUAAUGCUGAAAUCGUGUUUGUCUAAGAGUUUAUCAUUGUGACUGAGCAUGAAACGGAGUACAGCAUACUAUACUAAAUUAUUUGUUUCUCUGUAAACUUGCAUUUUACGGUAAAACUAACUCAGCCACCUUGAGCAUUGGUACUGUAAAGCCACAGCAACUAUGAACAGCAUGACCCUAACUGCAGUAUUUAAUUUAACCAAAUAACUUGUGGUAAAUCCGUUGCAUCUGUAGCUUACUCUGUUAAGAUUAAGCAGUAAAGUUGGUUAUGCAAUGGGUGUCCUCUCUAUGUUGCACUGGUUCUAUAGCCAAACUUGCUACAUUAAAAUAUUUUUAGAUGAA